CACGAUGUCUUCCCCCAGUCGCCAGAUCAGGAACCUACAAGUUCUGAAAAUACUUUGACCUUGAUGGAUGAUUCCGGCUGUGUUUUAUCAAAUGAGCCAAGAAGCCAAUCCCCAGAGUUGUCCCAGCAUUUUAUGGAGGGCUGCAGUCCCCCAUUCCUUCUACCACUGCCUCUUGAGAAAAAGUCGUGCACCACCAAAGAUGGUCCUCUGACUUCUCACAUGCAGUUCCUGCAACAUCUGCUUGAACUGAAGAACCUGACAGAAUCCAGUAGUACGAAAAUAUACUUAACCCACUUUGAAAAAGACUCUUCUACAGUUUCUGAUUCUGUUUCACAGUUGUUAGAUGGCCUGAUCACAUUUUACCAGAACCCCAAAGUCCCUUUUUCAAGCUUUUGGACAGAAGCUGUUGGUACAUUAGCCAGAGUGGCAAGUGAUUUUAAUUUAUCUAAUCAUAUUCUUAAAAAAUGUUCUAAGAAGUUGGAAGAAUUUGAGAAAACUCUACUUCAGGCUAUUUUAGGGAACAACAGUAUAAACCGG